AUGAUCACCCGGGAAUUGGGCUCAUCAGAGCAUCUCUGGGCACGCGCCAUUGAGCGAUUGCAGGUGAAGCAGGCACGAGUGGAGAGGGCGGCUGCAAAGAAGGCUGCUAAGGCUGCUAAAGCAGGCAAGGGGAGCAAGGCGGGUGCAGCAGGGACAAGCACAGAGGCUGGGAAAGGGUCAGGGAAAGAGUCAGGGAAGGCUUCUAAGGCUGCAAACGAGUGCAAGGGGAGCAAGGCGGGUGCAGCAGAAACAAGCACAAAGGAUCAGAAAACGGCAGGGAAAGAUGCGAAGGAAGGUACUGGGAAGGACGAGAAGGGAGAGGAGGGAAAGCGGAGAAGCAAGGCAAGCAAGGAGGUGAUGGGAGAGACGAAGCUGCAGGAGGAGGUGGGGGAGGAGACGAUGGGUGCUGAUGCAGCAGGAAAAGGAGAGAAGAAGGUGAGAGUAAAAAGGGGCAAGAAGGAAGAGGAGGUUUCUGUAGAAGGGAGGAAAAGAGUGAGCAAGGCAAGCGGGGAGGUGAAGGGAGAGACGAUGCUGCAGGAGGAGUUGGAAGGGGAAGGGAUGGGGGCUGGUGAAGCGGGGAAAGGAGAGAAGGCGGUGAGAGCAACAAAGAGCAAGGAGGAGGAGUCUUUUUUUGAGGCGCCUCAAAAGCAGGUUGAGGUGAAAGGGGGAGGGAUGGGAGCUGGUGAAGUGGGGAAUGGAGGGAAGGCGGUGAGGGUGAGAAAGAGCAAGAAGGAGGAAGGGGAGGAGAUGAGGGAGGUAGCAGGGGAAGCUAGCAUAGUGGAGGGGGAAGAAUCUGGUCAAGAAGUAAUCAAGGUGAAAAGGCCUAGAAAGCAAGAAAGCAAGGCAGUUGGGAGGAGCAUGGUGAAGACAGUUUUGGAGGCUGGAGAGGAGGGUGGGAAGGAGGGAAAAGCGGCUGGGGAAGGAGGGGAGGGGGAUCAGGAGAGAGGGGAUACCAGGAGGGGGGAAAAGGCGAAGGGGGAGACGGCUCAAGAGCACGAGCAGCUGAGCAUAUUUGAAGCAACAAGGCUGGUCUGGAACUAUGUGAAAGCCCACAACCUCAAGACGGGAAAACACACAGCAGCCUUUGACGACAAGCUGAGGGCUCUCUUUGGGGUUGACGGGGCUAAUUCCUCGAGAGUGCCGGGGCUGCUGCUCCCGCACAUGCAGGAAGUUAGAGAAGCGGGGAAGGAAGCUUCUCAAGUGGGGGGGGAAGCUGCGCAAUUGGGGAAGGAAGCUUCUAAAGUGGGAACAGAAGCUGCUCAAGUGGGGAAAGAAGCUGCUCAAGUUGGGAAAGAAGCUUCUCAAGUGGUAGGAAAGGAAGCUGCUGUAUCAGGGAAACGGAGCAAGGAUGUGAAAGGAAACAGAGGAGCAAUGGAGCUUGCGCGUCUGAAGCAGCUUCCCAGAAGGCCGUCUGAGCAACUGAAGGAGAUCAUUGGGAAGGAGCACGAGCGGCUGAGCAUUCUCGAAGCAACGAGCCUCGUGUGGAGCUACGUCAAGGCCAACAGCCUUCAAGCGGGACCCAACACAGCAGCGUUUGACGACAAGCUGAGGGCUCUCUUUGGGGUUGACUCAGCUCAUUUCUUCGGGCUGCCGAAGCUGCUAUCGCAGCAUAUGGAGAUCGUUGAUAGUGAGGGGGACAGGUCUCAGCAGGAAGACGCAGGGCAUGACUCAGCAGGAAUAGGAGGAGCAGCAGCAACAAAAGCAGGAAGAGCAGCAGGAGCAGGAGCAGGGGCAGUGGGAGCAGCGGGAUCAGCGGGAGCAGCAGGAGCAGCGGGUGUAGGUCGAGCAGCAAAGCAAAAAGGAGCAACUGUGAAGGCCGUGGCGAGAGGUGGUGGAAACGAGGCAGGUAUUAGCUCAGGGAAAGAGGAAUCUGGAGCCAAACAACCGUCCCCAAUGCUCAAGGAAUUUCUGGGGUUCGAGAAUGACAGCAUAACUCUCAAAGAGGCGGGUCAGCAAGUGUGGCAGCGGAUCAAGGAGCAGGGGAAGAAGGUGGAAGUGGGAGGAGGGCGGCUGGCUCGAUUUAGAGUGGAUGGAGAAUUGCAACAGCUCCUAGGUGUAGAGGAGGUAACAUCCUUAGGAUUAUACAACCUACUCAAAAAGCACUUGAAAUAG